AUGGGCAGUGCUGCGCGGCGCCCCGGCUCACAGCCGGUUGACAAGGGUGGCCAAGAUGCCGACGCGGCCGUUCAACGGGCAGGACUGCCGCUUUACACCAACGCGCUUGGCCUGGCGUCCGACUUUGAAGCGUACAUGUCCUCUCUGGGCCGGACUCGCCAGCGCCUCCUUGCGGCCGUCCACUCGCGCCAGCGGGCUUUCAUGGCGGAGCUCGAGUCCGAAACUGCCGCCGGCGCGGCCCUUUACCGAUCCCUGUUUGAGGAGCAGCGCGAGCAACUGUCGCAAUGUAUUCUCCGGGCCCGCUAG